AUGGGCUUGGCUGGGCAAGGCUGGCUGCAGGAGCGCUCAGGCAUGCAGGGUGGCCGGCAGCCCAGUCUUGAACUGGACAGCGUUCGGGACACGGUCACCCCAGACCGAGGGGGCUGUUGCCCUGCCCUCCGCAGGCUGGUCCCUGUCGGCUUUGGGGCCGAGGUGUGGACGCUCUUUGCCCUUUCCGGACCCCUGUUCUUGUUCCAGGUGCUGACCUUCAUGAUCCACAUUGUGAGCUCGGUGUUUUGUGGGCACCUGGGCAAGGUGGAGCUGGCGUCAGUGACCCUCUCGGUGGCCUUUGUCAAUGUCUGUGGAGUUUCCAUAGGAAUAGGCUUGUCCUCAGCCUGUGACACCUUGAUGUCCCAGAGCUUCGGGAGCCCCAACAAGAAGCACGUGGGGGUCAUCCUGCAAAGGAGCACCCUGGUGAUGCUUCUCUGCUGCCUCCCCUGCUGGGCACUCUUCCUCAACACCCACAACAUCCUGCUUCUCUUCAGGCAGGACCCAGCCGUGUCCAGGUUAACUCAAGAGUACGUGCUCAUUUUCAUCCCGGCACUUCCGGCGUUUUUUCUUUACGGCCUGCUGGCAAAAUAUUUGCAAAAUCAGGGAAUCGUCUGGCCCCAAGUCCUCAGUGGCAUUGUGGGCAACUGUAUCAAUGGCUUGGGCAACUACAUCCUGGUUUCUGUGCUGAGCCUGGGGGUCAGGGGCUCUGCUUACGCCAACACUAUCUCCCACAUCCUGCAGACCAUCUUCCUCUUUCUCUACAUUGUGCUGAAGAAGCUACACCUGGAGACGUGGGCAGCGGGGCUUCUGUUCCUAGGCUGGUCCGGCCAGUGCCUGCAGGACUGGGGCCCCUUCUUCUCUCUGGCUGUUCCCAGCAUGCUCAUGGUGUGCAUGGAGUGGUGGGCCUACGAGAUCGGGAGCUUCCUCAUGGGCCUGCUCAGCGUACUGGACCUCUCCGGCCAGGCCAUCAUCUACGAAUUGGCCACCGCAGUCUACAUGAUUCCCCUGGGGCUCAGCAACGCCGUCUGUGUCCGUGUGGGGAUGGCCCUGGGAGCUGCAGAUAUAGUGCAAGCCAAGCGGUCGGCCAAGUCAGGCAUGCUUUGCACAGGCUCCAUUGUCCACGACGUGUGGGAGGCUGGGGCCUGCCCUGGUCUCCGCUGUGUGCACACACAGCCUGCAGUCAACUUGGAAUAUAUGCGGAACUGCGUCUAUAGCGGAGUUCUGAGAGGAAGCGGCAAGCAGGCCUUUGGAGCCGUCGUGAACAUGAUCAUGUAUUAUGUCAUCGGCCUCCCGCUGGGCAUUGUUCUGACCUUUGUGGUCAGAAUGGGAAUCAUGGGCCUCUGGCUGGGCAUGCUGGCCUGCGGCCUCCUGGGAGCUGCUGCGUUUGCCGUCUACACUGCCCGGAUGGACUGGAAGCUAGCCGCAGAGGAGGCCCAGAAACAUGCCGGACUGCUGCCGCAGAGCACUGACAGCACGGUGGCCACGGUCCCCCGACCCGGGCCUGCAGAAGCCGUCACCUCUUCAGUGGCCACGGGUGCCUCUCCUGGCAUCACCCUGACAACGUAUUCAAGGCCCGAGAGCCACCUGGACCUCUUCAGGACUCCGGAGGUGGCCCAGGCCCUUCCAGCUCCGGCCAGCAGAUUGUCAGCCAGACAGCUGGCCAUCCGCCGCGGGGCCGCCCUGGGGAUGGCGUCAGGCAUGCUGACGGCCGGGCUGGUCGUCCGGGUCCUGACCACCAGACACUAG